CCCGAGAUCGACGCGAUGCUGGCCCGGGAGCGGCGCGCCGUGCGCCGCCUCGUCAAGAUCCUGCUGCUGGGCGCCGGCGAGAGCGGCAAGUCCACCUUCCUCAAGCAGAUGCGGAUCAUCCACGGCCGCGAGUUCGACCAGAAGGCGCUGCUGGAGUUCCGGGCCACCAUCUACGAGAACAUCCUCAAGGGCUGCAGGGUUCUGGUUGAUGCACGGGACAAACUGGGGAUCCCCUGGCAGUACACAGAGAAUGAGAAGCAUGGAAUGUUUCUGAUGGCCUUUGAAAACAAAGCUGGAAUGCCCAUCGAGCCUGCCACCUUCCAGCUCUAUGUCCCUGCCCUGGGUGCACUCUGGAGGGAUUCAGGAAUCAAGGAAGCCUUCAGCCGUCGGAGCGAGUAUCAGCUGGGUGAAUCAGUGAAAUAUUUCCUGGAUAACCUGGAUCGGAUCGGUCAGCUGAACUAUUUCCCCAGCAAACAAGAUAUUUUGCUGGCCAGAAAAGCCACAAAGGGGAUAGUAGAGCACGAUUUCAUCAUUAAAAAAAUUCCUUUCAAGAUGGUGGAUGUAGGGGGACAGAGAUCUCAGCGUCAAAAGUGGUUCCAGUGCUUUGAUGGAAUAACUUCAAUUUUGUUCAUGGUCUCCUCCAGUGAAUACGACCAGGUCCUGAUGGAAGACAGACGUACAAACAGACUCGUGGAGUCCAUGAAUAUCUUUGAGACAAUAGUCAAUAACAAGCUUUUCUUUAACGUUUCCAUUAUCCUAUUCCUCAACAAGAUGGAUCUUCUCGUGGAAAAGGUAAAGACUGUCAGCAUUAAGAAGUAUUUCUCGGACUUCAAGGGCGACCCUCACCGCCUGGAGGACGUGCAGCGCUACCUGGUGCAGUGCUUCGACAGGAAGCGGCGGAACCGCAGCAAGCCCCUCUUCCACCACUUCACCACGGCCAUCGACACGGAGAACAUCCGCUUCGUGUUCCACGCCGUCAAGGACACCAUCCUGCAGGAGAACCUCAAGGACAUCAUGCUGCAGUGAAGGAGGGCAGCCCCUGCUCUGCUGAAAUUUCGCUGGAGGGUUCCAUCGAAGUUUUCAUCCUUUCUUUAUGGCCCUUGCAUGCGGCGUCGGACCCAUGCAAAUUCCUUGGCUCAGGAAUGCUGUACACUAGCCAGUCCAAACAGGAGCUAUAGGCCGGAGGAAUCACCUUGAUGUUAGCUACUGAAUCAUUUGGACUAAAACACUACUGAAAGCUGGCCGUGGUAGGUUCUGUACCCAGUUUGGAACGCUGAAUGACACAACCACCGUCUGCCUUCUUCCAGAACAGAAAUCUCUGACAAACCACGCAUGGAAGACAUGUUCCACAUGAAUGCGCUCAUUUUUCAGAGACACUCAUUGUACAAACUGCCUUUUUUUCGUAGUUUGGAGGUGCUGAAUCGAUCAAACUAAUCUAAAUAUGAUGAGAUUGGCAGCUGUAUUGGAGAAUGUUAAUGGAAGUUCCAUUCUUAACCCUUAGGAAUAUAACCAGGUCUUGUGUGUGUGUUCAGCUUUGCCGAGGGUCUAGAAUCCACCUCCCAAGGUGGAUGCACAGCUCUUGUCCGAAGGUUUUGCAUGAGUCUCCUGAGGCAGAAGUCUAAAACUGUGUAAGGAAACUCAUGUUGGAGUAAAUGGGAUUGGGGACUUAAGGCCUCACUGAUACGGAGAAGGGUUUAUUUUGCACUAUGCGUGGGGGGUGUUACAUCAUGGGAAAACUGAUUUCCUGCUCCAGCAGCCUGUGCUGGAGCACCCAGCCAUGUAUCUGCACAGUGGGUGCUCGAGGGAGAUGUGCUCCAUGGCCAGACAGCACUGUCCUCACACUCACAGUGGGCAGCAUUUGUGAAGGUUCAGUAUCUCACGUGACAGGGCUUCAUCUGUACUCUUUAAGCAAAGGUUUUGGUAGCACAGCAGCUGUUUGAUUAGUUCCCAACAGCUGACCUUGUAGGAAGACUGAACACCCUGGAGAUCCCAGCUUUCCAGCUGCACUGAUGUAUUUGGACAGCAAGACCUUGCUGUAAAAUUAGCCUUUAAUCUGUUAUUAAUGGGAUCUUUAGCCUAUAGUGAUGCACAUGGAUCUUGGGGCACAGUCAGGUUUAGAGUUGCCCCUUUUGGGCAGUAGUUUGUGUGUAAAAUGGCAAGAGGCUGUGAAUAGUUUGGAUGUGAACUCUGAAUUUCCGUGUGCCCUCAAUCUCUGCCAGGUGCCUUUUCUGUGUACAGACAUUGAAUCUUUUCUACUGCAGUGGGGUACAUGGACAAACCGAAGAUAUUGUAGUGCUAUCCUUUAGGUAACUCAAACAUAGUUUACUGUGCAAUUUUUGUCAUAGUUUUUAUCCAAGAAUAAAACCUGAAGGGCUGUUUGUACCCAUAAAAAGUCAGCAGAUUCCCUGGAGUUCUUAUCCCCUUUGAGCCUGUAAUGGCAUGUCAAAACAAGCAAAGUUUUACUUCAGCUGGUAAUCCCAUGGGAAAUGUGGUCAAAGAAAAGUCCUGUUCUGUUGUCCUUUCAUUUUAAUUUGGAUAAAAUCUGGAAUCUUUCUUCCCCUCUGAAGCUUGCAGAUGUUCAUAUCAGUAUUUUUUUGUGUAGUUUCCUGAUGUAGCAACCUCCUGGCUUUCUUUGUGCAGGCUCCAGAGUGGAAAAGCUGUGGCUGUUUCAGUGCCUGUAACAGGCACAGGAGUGAGGUAAGAAGCAACUGAGAAGUUGCAGAUGGGAAAAUCUAACUUAAAAUUCAGCAAAUUUAAACAGGAAUUAGCUUCCUUGUAACAAGUCUUAUUUUGCCAGGACCAACUCUGUCUUUUAAAUAUUUAUUAAUUUUUAGCCUUGAAGGGGAAGAAUGUUAUGUGAUUAAUAUUCAGAUGGAGGAAAUAUCUUAAGAUUAUUACAUUUGAAAAGGAAAAUGUUUCACCAUAGUGCGAUGCAAACCAGUUUACUCAUCACAUAGGGUUGGUUUCUCUGAGUCUAUUUGUUUGGCUGAAGACAAAGGCUGCUUUCAAAGCUUUCAGUUGUUUUCUGAGUUCUUGGUGGUGGUCUUCACACAAGAUGCUGGGAAGGAGGAGGCAGUUGUGGGCUCACCUGACUUCUAGGUUGACUUUAGUUCUUAGUUUGCUGUGAGCUUUAUUCUUUCACUGAAUUUUUCAGAUGAGUUAAUAUUAUGCCUGUUUUCUCAAAUUAGUUGAACAUUCCCUUUCAACUGUAUUUUUUCUCAAGAAUUACCUCAGUUUGGUGUCUGAAUCUACUGUAGUUUUACCUGGGAGACAUUGCAUGGAAUUUCCUGUUGUUUUUCUCUUGACACUCCUCCAUAGUUUUUUAUCCUUAGUCACCUUAUGGAUUUACCCUCAACAGAGCUAAUGAAUCAACUUAUAUUUUAAGUAACUUAAAGUCUGCACCUGGAAAAUAAGCAGCAUGAGAGAUCUCACACUGAGCUCUCAAGCUGCUGCUUUUUUUUUUUUUUUGUAUGAUAUGGCAGUUUUGCACACUAAGUCAUUUUUAGGGAACCAGUUUGCCCACCUUGGGCCCAUUGUUGCCUUUCUUGUUUUAAUUGAUGAAAUGGGCCUGAGUGUGGGGCUGCAGCUGUAGGUGAAAAUCAGUGGUUUGGCUCUGUGGGCUCAGAGUUCUGUCAGGUUUGCAUAGUGAUGGAUCACACACCAGGAACCCCAGGGCAGGAAACUCUCCUUGAAAAAGUCAAGCACUUCCCAAGUUUGCAGAGAAGCUGGCCUUGUGAGUCAAAAGGAUGUGGGGGUGUUUUUUAAGUGUCAGUUUUCUCUGCAAAAUACUCUUCUUGCCACAAUUGCUAGGGCUUGGGGGUUUUUUCCAAGGUAAGUUUUAGUAUAAUAAAGUCAGAAAAUCAUGUUGUGGUAAAUCAGUGAAUUACUAAAGCAGAGCUUAGGUAGAUGAGGUUGUUCACACAUCUCAGGACAGGCCUAGUCAGUUGCUUAGUCCUUUCACCAGAAACAAAUAGAAAACUUUAUUUUAAGUGACAUCCUGGAGAAUUUUGCAGGUAAACACAGCUGUAGAGAACAUAUUUUUUUGUUAGUUUUAUAGGCUCAUUGUUCAUUUGGCUGGUCAGGAAAUGGGUCACAGGCAGGAUGAUCAUCAGAUGGAGACCGUGAACAAGUACUUUUUUAAAAAAGAAAAAAGCAGCUUUUUGCAAUCCCUCCUCUGGGGUCAGUGACAGAGUGUUGCAGAGGGGUUGUCUCUCCUGAGGACAAAGAGAGGAAGCUCUUGCAGCCUGUGCUUGGGGCAGAAGCUUACGUAAUCCUGGAGUUCAAGUAGAAAAACUAAAUGGGGGUCAUUUAUCCAACACUACUUGGUAUUUGUUGUCCUCAAAGCAAGUGUUAAGCUAAUAGAGUGUGUCAGUACCACUCCUGCAGAUUGCAGUGCUGUAAGGCUCUGAACAAUCCUUACAUGCAUUGCAAGGUGACUUGGUGGAGUUAAAAAGGAAGAGUGGUUUUCUGGAAGUGACAUAUUCAAUAGGCACUUGUCACUUUGAAGGAAUGAAACAGUUCUUAAUGUUGAAAAUUAGCUAAUGGUGGUUAUGGAAUUGAAAUUACUGGGCGCUCAGCUUUACAGUGCAAAGAUGCUUUCAGUUUCAUGCAGAGAAUGGAUAUUAUUUAAUAUGGCAGCAUAGAUUGACUUACUAACUUGAUUUUUUAAUUGUUGCUGUGAAAAACCUAGAACUAGGCACGUUACAAAAAUGAAGCUCCUGAAGAUGACCAUUCCCAGGCCUUCUGAGGCAGGUAAAGCUGAGCUGCAGGUAAAGCUGAGCUGCAGCCAAGCAGGCAGAGUAGAGAAAGUAAUGGCCAAUAAACUGUAGGGAAAUGAAGUAGGUAGAGCUCAUUUGUACCUGGCACUGGAGACAAAUGUAUAAUUCCCCCAGGACAGUUAAAGUGGCAUUUGGUGUGAAAAGUGGUGCAUUUGGAGUGUGUCCCCCCAUCCCCAUGGCCUCAUUCCCCCUGGGAAUUCACCCAUCCUGAUUACUGUGAUCUGUAGAGAAAUACAGAAUUAGAGUAGUUAGAAGAACAGAUGUGGUACCACUGAAGAAACCAGCAGCUUUCUCUAGUGACAGACAGCUGCCUUCCACAGAACAGCAUUUUAGAAAACAGGUCCUCUGCUGCCUUACAUGGCUGUCUUUGUAUUAGCUAUGUUUUAACUUAUAUUAACUUAUGUUUUGGAGUCUUUUCUAUGUGUGUACUUCUUUAUUUCUGGGGGGAAAAUCCUUCUGUGCGUGGACCUAGAGGAUUUCUCUAAAAGGCCCCUCUGAUUUUCAAGCAGUGAGUUUUGACACCUGAUUCAGCUUGGCUUCUGUCACCAAAUUUUCAGGAGUACCUGCUGCAUUGAUGGAUGAUUUGAUGUGUGCCAGCUUGAGAGACACAAUAUGCAACACCACCUCCACACAGUGCAGUUUGUAUGUAAACCAAACACUGAUCUCAUGGUGAGAACUGUAAGUUUAGCAGUACGCUCUUUUUUGUAUUCUCUUUCUAGUAUAAAAUCACGUGGUGUAGUCAGGGGUUUAAUAUAGCACUGCCAACUCUUUACCUCAUACUCUGUAAUUCUGUAACACAAAGUGGUGGGUGGGGUGUUUCAGUAGCAACUAUAAAACAUCUGUGCCUACUUUUGUAAAUGAGCUUUUAACAGUUUUUAGGAGCAUCCAUUAUGGAUCAGGAAGACUGGCGUGGUCUGGGCCAGACUUGGCCUGAAUUAAUGCUGACUCCACACAGUUCUAGGUGAGGACUGUCUAGCCUAGUGAGGGAUAAUUGGUAAUGCAAGACCUAGUGCUUUUUAAUAAUACCUGUUUUGUAAUUAGCUGGGGUGAUCUCUGCUUUGUGCUGUGAUGUGGGCACUUCUUUAUUUUAACACUAAUCUUUUUUUACAUAGAUGGAAAUGAGUAAAGCCAGGAGAUUUGGAGCUGAAACUGCCUCUCUGCUAACCAGGUGAUGCUGCCUCUUUGCUCAUCUUGGUGAUUGGGCAGUUCAGCUCCAUCCUUGACGUUUUAUCUUUCUAAUGGCAUUUGGAAAGCGGUGUUGAAGUUUGUCUCUGUGUGUUGAUAUGCUUGUGUUCUUACUGGGUGGGGAGUGUGGAGGUUCUAGAUUGUCAGUGCUGGUGGUUCUGUGCCUGGCUUGAGGAGCUGUCCCAGCCCAGCUCUUGCUUGUCACUGAAGGUUGUAUCUUCUCUCUGGUGUGAAAAUAGUCAGAGGGGGGAAAAUGAGCAGCACUGACUUCCAAGGUGGGCAUUCUGGUAAAA